AUUAAUAUUAAUAUUUAAUUAUUUUAAUCAAAUUUUUAUGUGGAAUUUAAUACGGAAAUUGAUGGAAAAAAUUUUGUAUUUAUUAUUAAUUCGUUAAACACGUGUUUACGAAUUUCGGAAGAAUGGCUUUGGUAUUUAGUAGUAAUGAUGACGAAAUAAUAAAGAAAACAAUUUUUUUGAAUGAAAAUUUGGUCAUUUCAAAUGACGAUAUCUAUUCUUUCUAUGAAAUAGAUAGAUGCAUUGACUGGAUAAAAAGCAAUGCAUUCGAAAAGGUAGCUCUUCAAUUUCCAGAUGAGAUGCUGAAAGAUUCAUGCCAAAUUUCUCUAGCUCUUCAGAAUAAUACUGAAAGUAACAUAUAUAUUUUAGCUGAUACCUCAUAUGGAAGUUGUUGUGUAGAUGAAGUAGCAGCAGAACAUGUUUCAGCAGAUGCUCUUAUUCAUUUUGGACAUAGCUGUCUGAGUUCUACAGAUCGUCUUCCUGUUUUAUAUAUAUUUUGUAAUAUGCCUUUUGAUAUUCCCAAUGCUAAAGAAGAAUUUCAGAGAUUGAUUCCUGACUUAAAUAGUUUUGUUGUAUUGUUAUAUGAUACAUCAUAUGCAUAUGUAAUCAAUGACUUUACUGAAGAACUUAAAAAAGACUAUAUUAAUGUUAUUCCAUCAAAAUUGGUCUUUCCAAAACAAAGUGAUACAAAUUUAACUUGUGAUUCAUCCAAUACAAAUAAUGAAGAUAUUAUUAAAUGUAACAGACAGAUUAAAUUACCAGAAAAUAUUUUACUUGAGCAGUGCAAGAUGUUUUACAUUGGUACAGAAGGACCAACAUUAAACAGUCUAAUUAUGACGUUAAAUUCAUCAAAAUUUUAUUCAUACAAUCCUUGUACUUUAAGGGGAAGAGAGGAAUCAGUAAACAUCAAUCAAGCCUUAAGGAAACGUUACUACCUCAUAGAAAAAGCUAAAGAUGCUCAAAUGGUUGGAAUAUUAGUUGGAACUCUUGGUGUAUCAAAAUAUUUAACAGUUAUUAAACAUUUAAAAGAACUUAUCAAGAAAGCUGGUAAAAAGCCAUAUGUUCUUGCUGUUGGUAAAUUAAAUGUAGUUAAAUUAGCAAACUUUCCAGAAAUAGAUAUAUUUGUUCUUGUAGCAUGUUCAGAAAAUUCCCUUAUUGAUUCUAAAGAAUUUUAUCAACCAAUUCUUACACCAUUUGAAUUAGAAAUUGCUUAUAACCAAGCAAGGCAAUGGACAGGAAAUUAUAUAACAGAAUUUUCAGAAUUAUUAUCAGGAUCUGCAAAUUAUGUUCCAAAUGAAGAUAACUCUGAUGUUCAACAUGAAAUUUCACUAGUCUCAGGAAAGCUACGAUCUGUAGGUGUUAUUGAUUCUCAAGCUGAUGACACAUCUGAUACCACUACUAUAACUGUAAGAAAUGAGAAAUUAACAUUGUCUACAAUUCAUUCUCAGGCUGCAGGUGAAUAUUUGAUGAAUCGCACAUGGAAAGGAUUGGAACAAAAUUUAGGAGAGACUCCAGUUGUGAAAGCCACAGAAGGUAAAAUUGGUAUUGCUUCUGGUUAUGAAGGAGAAGGCAAUGCACCUGAUAUUAAUUAAAAUAAUUUUAUAAUUUAUUGGGAUGUUAUUUCUUUUAUUAAAUUGUAAAUUAUGUAAAUAGACAACUUUAGUAAUAUGUUAAGGUUUCCAAUAAAAAUUAUUAAGAAAAAUAUUUUAAGAUAAUUUUUGUUCUUUUAAUACCUUUUAUUAUAUGUAUAUUAAUGCAAUUUAUAUUAUAUUUUGCAAAACUUUACUUUGCAUUGUUAAUCUAAUUUUGAUUAAAUAUACUUGGAAUUGCUGAUAAAA